CUCCAGCAGAUUCCCUAGUGUUUGGUGGGAACAUUCUUCACAGUUUCAAUAUUCCAAUGCAGCUUUGUGUUUAUGAAAUUGAAGACAAAACAAGGACAGGAAGCUUAGUUUGGACAGUCUGGACAGUCUUGAUUAGAAAUGGAGGAAGAAUCCUGCGAUGUACAUAUCAAGGAGGAAAAAGAUGACCUUGGGGAAAAACCUUCUAAACAAUCAGGAGAUGAGUCUUCUACAAACAACAGCUCAAAUUUUAAUGGUAAGGAUUCAGCUGGGAAAAAACAAAAGGCUGCAUUGAUGCAGUACCUAAAAAGGACAGAUGAAGGAAGCAAGUCCAUUGUCUACAAUGAUUUCCCCAAAACUCCAACAGGAUCUCCUGCUAAUGAUAUGCCCUGCAAAUGGACUCACCUCACUGAAUUUGAACUGAAGGGUUUGAAAGCCUUAGUGGAGAAACUUGAGUCCCUACCUGAAAAUAAGAAAUGUGUCCCUAAGGGAAUUGAGGAUCCACAAGCACUACUUGAGGAAAUGAAGACAGUACUAAAAGAACAUGCAGAUGAUGACAACAAUCUGGCUAUUUCUGGUGUACCAGUGGUGACGUGGGCUAAGAAAACCAGUAAGAACCGGGCAGUUGGAAGGCCCAAAGGGAAAAUUGCCAGUUCACCCGCAGUGAAACUUUCUGCUAACAGAACCAGUGCAGGAGCACGUCGCAGGAGGACUCGAUGCCGUAAAUGUGAAGCAUGCUUACGCACAGAGUGUGGGGAGUGUCACUUUUGCAAGGACAUGAAGAAGUUUGGGGGUCCAGGAAGAAUGAAGCAGUCCUGUAUUAUGCGUCAAUGCAUUGCACCUGUUCUUCCUCAUACUGCUGUUUGCUUGGUGUGUGGAGAAGCAGGGAAGGAGGAUUGUGUAGAGGGACAAGAAGCUAAGUUCAAUGUCAUGCUGAUGGAAUGCUCCAUCUGUAAUGAAAUAAUCCACCCAGGAUGCCUUAAGACAAAGGAGUCAGACGGUGUAGUAAAUGAUGAACUUCCAAACUGCUGGGAGUGCCCAAAAUGCAAUCAUGCUGGGAAAACUGGAAAAGUCUACAAGCAAAAAAGAGGCCCGGGAUUCAAAUAUGCUUCCAAUCUGCCUGGGUCGCUUCUUAAGGAACAGAAGGUGAAUCGAGACAAUAAGUUAACUGAGAUUGUGAAAAAGAAAGUGGAGCGAGAAGAGACCCCAAAGCAGAUCCCAGAGGAGCAGCCGAAAAAGAAGCCUACUGAGGGAAUCAUUAAAAAGAAGCCAGAGGAUGGACAUGUUAGGAAGAAGAGAAAAUUUGAGAAGCCUCCAGAUCCCUCAGUGAGGAAACGGUUAAAGCUUGUAAAAGAAGAGAAGCUCUUAAGGAAAAAGAGGAGAUCAUGGAAGACACCAGAUGAACGUGCAAUGAUGGCCAAAACACUUAGGCGUAUAAAACAAGAGCCAGAUGAUGAUUUGACUGAAGCAGCGCCAAAAUCCAAGGAAAGUGACCAGUCAAGGUCUAGCUCUCCUACUGCAGGACCAAGCACAGAGGGGCCAGAGCCCAAGGACAAGAAGAAAGUUAGGAGAAAGCGGAGAGUUUCUAAUAAAGAACUAAGCAAGGAAUUAAGCAAAGAGUUGAAUCAGGAGAUACAAAAAACUGAAAAUACGUUGGCCAAUGAGAACCACCAUCCUAUUAAAUCUGAGCCAGAAAGUGACAAUGAAGAGCCAAAAAACUGCAUAUCGAGCAAUGGGGAAAUUAUGCAUCAUUUUAGCAAAGGAUUAAAUGGCACCCCAAAGGAACUGAGGCAUGAGCUGUUUCCCAGUCCGAAAACUCCCCCAAGGGUUAUCACACGCCCACCACCUUCCUUGUCCCCUCCUAAGUGCAUGCAAAUGGAGCGGCAUGUAAUACGGCCACCCCCUAUUAGUCCUCCCCCAGAUUCCCUGCCUCUAGCAGAUGGAGCAACCCAUGUGAUGCAGAGAGAGGUCUGGAUGACCAUUUUUAGCUACCUCAGCCACAGGGACUUGUGCAUUUGUAUGAGAGUCUGCAAAACAUGGAACAGAUGGUGUUGUGAUAAGAGGUUAUGGACACGAAUUGACUUAAACCGCUGUAAAUCAAUCACCCCACUUAUGCUAAGUGGCAUUAUUAGGAGACAGCCAACCUCACUUGACCUUAGCUGGACAAACAUAUCCAAAAAACAACUCAGUUGGCUUAUAAACCGGCUUCCAGCUCUUCGGGACCUUAACUUGUCAGGUUGUUCUUGGAUUGCCGUGUCGGCUCUUUGUAGUUCCAGCUGCCCCUUGCUUAGGACACUGAAUGUUCAGUGGGUAGAAGGGCUAAAGGACGCUCAGAUGAGGGAUCUCUUAUCUCCUCCAACAGAUAAUAGACCAGGCCAAAUUGAUAACCGCAGUAAGCUGAGAAAUAUUACGGACCUCCGCCUGGCAGGAUUGGAUAUCACAGAUGCCUCGCUUCUCCUUAUGAUCCGGCAUAUGCCUCUCCUUGCCAAAUUAGACCUGAGCUACUGUAACCAUGUUACGGAUCAAUCCAUCAACCUGCUCACAGCAGUGGGGACCUCCACCAGGGAUACCUUGUUAGAAAUUAACUUGUCAGACUGCAAUAAUGUUACAGAUCAGUGCCUGACUUUUUUCAAACGCUGUGGGAGUAUCUGCUCGAUUGACCUCCGAUUCUGCAAGCAGGUUACCAAGGAAAGCUGUGAGCAGUUCAUAGCAGAAAUGUCUGUGAUUGUACAGUUUGGGCAAACCGAAGAAAAGCUUCUUCAAAAGGUCAGCUAAUGUGACUCCAUCUGCUGCUGAAACAGAACAGUGGCCUUAUCAGUAAUGUAUUGUACCCAAGAGCGACUUCUCCAGCACUCCGCACACCAGCUGCUGAAGGUUGAAAUUCUGAACCAAUGUUUCACCUUCUCAGGACACUUAACAUUACAAGGGCAUGUGCUUUUGCUUGUGUUCAUUUUAUGGGCUCCAAACUGUUUCACUUUUCUAGUGUCUUCACUGAGCAUUUAAUGAAGCUUUCCCAGAUUCGGUGACCAUCUUUACAUUCUGCAGAAAUUAUUUUUGUAUAAAGGUAUUGAAAAGGUAUAUUUCAAGUCCAUGAAUUGAAAGCAGUAUUUGUUCUUUGGGCUGGCGAGCUGUGUACAGUAAGUUAUAAGGAAGCAUCAGCUGAGCCCAGAUCAGUGUGUAGAGCUACUUAUGAAGCAUGACUUAAAGCUCUUUCUGCAUAUGCAUGCAUUGAUGUCCAUGUAUUCAUUUCAGCCAUUUUGGAAAUCAGCAUCUUUAGACUGAGCACAGUAUGAGACUGUCUCUGAUGCAGAAAGUUAGCCAAGAAAAAAAGUCCAUCUCGCCUCAUGCAAAGCUUCCAGCACAGUAGGGCUCAGAUUGAAACAUACAGAAGUGCCAUUCUUGUAGUUCUACUUGUUUUUCAUAGGCUCCCCUGGGCCAGUUUCUUGGACGGAGGGGAAAUUUGAACCAGUUUCUUGGUUAUUCUUAAGUUAAAAAAAAAAAAGACCAGGUACCAAGAAGAGUUUUUCUUCAGAGACCACUCGUGCAUCUCUUUUUGUAAAACAGAUGUUCCUUUGCACUGGAAAUGUAACAAUGGUCAGUCCCAUGCAAGUCUUUCCCACUCCUAGGCCAUGGAGUCAGAUGUAUACUUUUUUUUUAUUGUAAGUAAUGUUGUUGAAUUUAAAGUGGAUCAUGUUUAUUUAUGGACACGUUUAUUAAAAUAUUUUACAAGA